UGAGGAUCGUGAUUUGUUGGCAGUGGCCUCCAUUUUGUUUUGUGUUUGUUUUUAAUUUAAUUUGAUUUUAAUUUAUUUUAAAAUGAGGAUAAUCUGUGUGCCGUGUAUGCAGGCUAGCAAUGAAGAUGCAGAUUAUUCUAAACAAUUGGAUAAAGAAAUUAAAACGUGGAUCAGACCGUAUGAUCAAGCUAUAAAACUUCUUUUACUUGGCACCGGAGAAAGUGGGAAGACAACCAUAAUCAAGCAAAUGAAGAUAUUGCACGUUCAAGGAUUCUCUCAAAGUGAACGAGCAGAUAAAGUGAAAUACAUUAGACACAACGUCCACGAGUCGAUCCACGAUAUACUCUUCAACAUGGCCCCCCUGGGCAUCAAACUGCAGAACGCAAGGAACUACGACGCUUACAAGUUCAUACUGCGAUGCGGGACUGCUGGACCUCCCGAGUAUAGUGAGGACUAUUACGACUUCGUGAGGUCCCUGUGGAAAGACGCCGGCGUGAGGGAGUGCUUUCGAAGAUCAAAUGAAUACCAGCUCAUCGAAAGCGCUGAAUAUUUCCUAGAUCGCAUAGACCUCCUAGCAAAACCAGACUACGUGCCUUCUGAUGCCGAUAUCCUUCGAUGUCGUCAGAAAACCACUGGGAUUCAGAAAAUCGAGUUCAAAGUGAAGGUGCCAAAAUCAAUGGCAGGUGGAGUCCAAGACUUCUGGAUGUUCGACGUUGGAGGGCAGAGGGGCGAGAGGAAGAAAUGGAUACAAGUGUUCGAAGGCAUCAACGCCAUCUGGUUCGUGGUGGCAUGCAGCGACUUCGACCAGACCCUGAGGGAAGACCAGACCCAGAACAGACUGAAGGAAGCGCUGGACUUGUUCGAAGACGUCUGGCAGAGCAGGUUCCUAAUCACAGCAGGCCUAAUAGUGUUCCUGAACAAGCAAGACGUGUUGGAAAACAAAAUCGCUCAAGGCCGCAACGUGGGAGAUUAUUUCCCCGAUUACCACAACUACAAGCCCGACGCGGACGCGUUUACGAGGACCAAGCUGUUUAUUAGGAGCAUGUUUGCUGAAAAGACGACCCAAAAGCGCGAGCGCAAGAACGUCACGGCAUCGGAACGGUUCCGCGUAGUCGAGGCCAGCCGUCCGCGCGAGUGCUACUUCCACUUCACAACGGCCACGGACACGGAUAACGUGCGGACCGUGUUCCGGGACGUGCACCAGAUCAUACUCACGCAUAUACUCACUAACAUCGGCGUUUAUUGAUGAAUAGUAAAAUAUAUUUGAUAC